UUUAACACAAAGCUUCAAACGGUAGUGAGAGAACAACUGACUGCGGAAGGACAUCCAUUACCUUCAGAAGUUACCAUAGCAUAUAAUUUUGAAACAAACUCAAUAGAUUUUAAAGUCAUCUCUGCAAAGAAGUCAGGAUUUACAUUUAAUGAAGCAGAUGUAUAUUCGAAUGAAAACUUCAAAGCUAUUGCAUGGUUAGAUAAUGACGAUUGCUUUAAGAAAAUAUUUAAAUACAGUGACUCAACGAUGUCAAUAGAUGACCUUCGUGGAAUGUUACCAUCGACGUUUACAGUAGAAGGUUCAGCAGGAUUGCUUACAAGAUUGUCAAUUGGUGGUAUUUGGUCUCGUGAGAACAUUGUUAUAAAAUCCAGUAUAAGUGAAUUUGCUGAAGAAUCUAUAUUAUGUCUUUCAAACUACAUGUAUUCGCCGCCGAAGCAUUAUAGUAUAACAAACUUUGUCAGUAAGUUUAACAUAAGACUUGUCGAACCUUCUUCAAUGAAAGAUGUUGUGCUACCUAAAGAUGGAAAGGAUGGACUCAUUAUUGAGAUGAUUUUAAUUGCAUAUUAA